AUGCCGUCUUCUGGGGGCGCCUGGGUGGACAGACAUGUGGAGGUGACCACAGAGUGGCCCGGCCUGGAGGACCCUGCCCUCACUCUCCAAGGUCUCUUCGGGUUUUCCCAGGAGGAGGUGGAAGGAGUUGGCUCCGUGCCAGUGCUGGCACCAGAUUGCCAGUGGCCGAGCCCCGAGGCCCAAAUACCAGCGGGGGUGGAGGAGGCAAGCUCCUGGCCCACAGAGGCUGCAGAAGGUGGGUUGAGGUCUCCAGGGUGUGAUGAAGGGGCCUGCUGUAUGACCAGGUCUGGCUCCUAUAGGAACAAGGCACUAACUUGGCACCCUCAGGAGGCCCUCCCAGGUCUCUUCGCCCAGGACACUGGCCAGGAGGAGCUGGAGGUCAAGGCUCAGCCUGGGCCCUGGAGCAAGUGGGAGCAAGGACUCCCUGCCCCCAUGGACACCCACACCAGCUCCCUGGAGGCCUUGGCCAACCUUAGCACCUCCCUGGAGCCUGCAACCAGCCAGGUCCAAGCAGGCCCAGUCGGAGGGCAGAGAAGAUCUCCGUGUGCUGUACUGAGGAAGGGCAGUGACGAAUGCUCCAGCUCCAUCCAGGUCCAGUUGGGGGGAUCCAGCCCAGGAGGCAGCCCCAAACGGGAGGAAGUGGAAAUGCCACGUGGGGUGAAGCAUGUGUGUUACCUUGGUUCCGGGCCUGUCAUCCGGCUCCUGGGGGCCAUCAGCCACAGUUCGGCCGGGGGCCUGCAGCCCGCCAAGCUGGAGGCCCUGGAGAACUUUAUGGAGGUCUUGCCUGCUCGGGCAUCUGGGAAGAGGCUAGGCCCCACCGCCCAGCGUGCCACUGAGUGCCAGGCCCUGCUUGCACAGUGCAGAGCAAUGGCCGCUGACAAGGAGGAGGCUGGUGGAGGAGAGGCGGGUGAGGACUCAGCUCCGCCUCGGCACGAACAGGAGAAGCUGCCCCAGGAUGUCAGGGUGCGGGGCACAGUGGUGCACACCCUGCAGAAGGCACUGACGAGUCGCCUGAAGGAGCUCCCACACCUGGUGCUGAGUGAGAAGGCCCUGGGGCGCCUAGCUGCGAGCAUCGAGGCGGCCCUCUUUGACCUAACCCGGGACACCACCUGCCGCUACAAGACCAAGUACCGCAGCCUGGUGUUCAACCUGCGGGACCCGAGGAACCCAGACUUGUUUCUCAGAGUGGUUCGUGGGGACCUCACCCCCCACAGCCUGGUGCGGAUGAGCUCAAUCCAGCUGGCCCCUCAAGAACUGGCCCGCUGGCGGGACCAGGAGGAGAAAAGGGGCCUGGAGAUCAUUCAGCAGCAGCAGCAGCAGCAGCAGUGCAGCCUCCCAGCCACCAAGCUGACUCACAAGGGCGUGGAGGAAAUCCCCAGGGACAAUGACCAGACCCUGGAGGACCUGGUGGGACCCAUGGUGUGCAUAGACUGCGGCCCCCUGGCCCCGCCCGCCACCUCAGAGGCUGACAGCUCGGAGCAGCACAAGCAUCACUUCCUGGACCCCAACUGCACAGUCUGCGGGGACUUGGAGCCCUCGGGUGAGCUGCCGGACGACGCCAAAGCCACUAUCGGGAACGGGGACAAUAUCUUCCAGAGACUCUCAAACCCAGCCCCUGUGUCCUCCCCAGAGAUGGCACCAAGCAGGGAGAAGCCUCCCACAGAGACCCAGGACAGGGUGCCACCACCCGGACUCAGAACACCCGCUGGGACCACCAAGGCUCCGCCCAGCCAGCCCCUCUGGGAGGGGGCUAUACACAUGUUCUCCAUCAAGCCAUUCCGGGUCAAGGCUCAGCUGGUCUCAGGACACAGCUGUCGGCUUGUCCAGGCCCUGCCCGAGGUGAUCCGCUCAGCUGGCUGUGUUGCUCCCACCACUGUCUGGGACCUGCUGGCCAGCGUCUGCCCAGCUGAGGCCAAGGACGUCAGCGUGGUCAGACUGUGCCCCCACGGGGCCCGGGACACCCAGAACUGCCGCCUGCUCUACUCCUACCUCAACAACAAGCAGUGCCAUUGCUUGGCGGCUGUGGACCAUACGAGGAUGGUCCUGCUGCCCCUGCCUGCCUUCCAGCCUCUGCCUGCCAGGUUGCGUCCUCUGGGAGGCCCAGGCCUGGAAACUACUCACUCAAGCCUGCUGCUGGCCGUGCUGCUCCCCACGGCAGGGCUGCCAGCCACAACAGGCCCCAGCCCCUUGAAGGAGGGGAGGGUUCGCAAGAAGGUCUCCUUCAACAGCAAAGUGGAGACAAGAUGCUACAAGGAGGACAGGAAACAGGAUGUGCCCCUGAAGGGCUCCCCCCCACCCCAGGGCACCCUGCAGCAGAGCCAGCGCCGCCACGGCGGCGGCGGACUGGCUCCAAGGGAGAUGUGUGCCUGGCCCAGGCCCUCCAGGGGCAGGGGGCAAGUGUGGGCUGCUGGUCGAGGGCAGUGGCCCCCAGGGCGAGGCGGGUUCCACUCUAGGAACACUGAUGCAGCAGCCCCAGCUGGCCAGUGGUUUGACCGUGGCCAUCACCUCCACAGGGCCUCCUGUCCCCACCAAGCCCUGCUUCAGCACCUCCAAUCCCUGGUGAAUAUGAGCCACCAGCUCCAAGCCUCCCUGUGGCCCCCAGGCCAGCAGCCCCUGCCCCCACCCUCUGCACAGUCUGCCCACCCCCCUGACUCAGCACCUAGCUUCUCUGUGGGCCCCACAGCUCUGAAGCCUGGGCCUUUCCUCCCCUUCAGCGGCGACUAG